GCUACCAUCGCAGCUCGAAUCGUCGCGGACGUCAAGACCAGCCCCAGACCCGCUAAAUCGGACAUACUGUACCAUAUAAUACGAUAGCGCAUCCUGCUAGCCGAUUGGCACGUCGCUUGACCUGCUCUUGCAACAACCCUUGCGAACUGUUGCGGUGUCGCUUGUGCUUGAGUCGCCUCGUCUCAAGCCCUGCGGCGUCUUGUAUCAUAUCGCUUGUCGGCUGCACAUUGCGGCUUGAAUUCAUUCCGGCGGAGCUGUAAUUCAUUGGAGGCUGCGACAGUCAAAGAAACCUAGCCCCCGCACACAGUCGGCGUAGUUUUUACUCAAUGAAUCCCCUAUUCAAAAUUUCACACGCCAAUUGUCAUAGCUGUAGCCUGCGCCUGAGACGGACGAAACCUGAGGGCGAAAGGUUAACCAUGCGGACGCGUGUUCGCGCGGCCAGUCCAUCAUCGGAUCCAUCCUCUUCGCAUAGAUCGACCAACGGUGGGGUCCCGUCGGGGCUAUCGUCGAGCAGUAUGCAGCAUCGGGCGCAUCACAGCCACGGUCCGCAGCCGCUGGCCGCGGCCGCUCCAGAGCGUGAGGCUCUGCUAUCGGAGCAGGAGCAGACUGAGCGUUCACCGCCGGCGUCUUUGCUGUCGCGGCUCAACCGACUGAGGAAGAAGCCGGUCGUGAGCCUGUUCCAGGACUUGAAAAGCGUGAAGGUCAUGGGGCUGGACCCCUCACCCGAGUUGGUGGCCAUUUCGAUGGUGUACUUUGUCCAGGGCAUCCUGGGUCUGUCGCGGCUGGCGGUGUCGUUCUUCUUCAAGGACGAGCUGCACAUAGAGCCAGCCGAGGUGGCCAUGCUGACGGGUCUGUCCAGCCUGCCCUGGAUGGUGAAGCCGCUGUACGGCUUCCUGUCGGACUCGGUGCCGCUGCUGGGCUACCGGCGCCGCAGCUACCUGGUGCUGUGCGGGGCUGCUGGGCACUGUGGCCUGGAGCACUCUGGCGCUGGGUGUGAGCGACGUGCGGGGCGCGGUGGCCUGCAUGCUGCUGGCCAGCCUGGGCACGGCGGCGGCGGACGUGGUGGUGGACAGCAUCGUGGUGGAGCGGGCGAGAGGGCACCCGCAGGUGAGGGGGGGGCUGUGGCGGGCUCGCUGCAGUCGCUGUGUUGGGCCUCCGCCGCCGUGGGCGGCAUCACCAGCGCCUACUUCAGCGGCUCGUUCGUACAGGACUACGGCUGCCGCUUCGUGUUCGGGCUGACCGCCUUCUUCCCGCUGGUGGUGUGCGCCAGCGCGCUGCUCAUAGAGGAGAAGCCCUUUGGGGCGGCGCCGGCAGGCUCGGAGGCGUCCGCACUGCCCGGAGGCCCGCUGGCGCCGUCCGCGCUGGCAGCAGCAGCAGCCGGCGGCAUCCACCACCCGCACCCGCACGCCGCUGCUGACAGCACCAUCCGUCAGCGGCUGUACAGCCAGGGUGUGGCGCUGUGGCGGGCGGCCACCCCCAGUGCCGACAGCGCCAUGUUCUUCUACCAGACCACCGCGCUGGGCUUCACGCCCGAGUUCCUGGGCCGCGUGCGACUGGGAGGCAGCCUGGCCAGCCUAGCAGGGGUGGCCAUAUUCAACGGCUGGCUCAAGGACGUGCCCCUGCGCCGCAUGCUGGUGGGCGUCAUGGUGCUGGGCACUGCGCUCAACAGCAGCCAGCUGGUGCUCAUCAGCGGGCUGCACCGGCAGUGGGGCCUCAGCGACCAGCUGUUCGUGCUGGGAGACAGCAUGGUGCUCACGGUGCUGGGCCAGAUCUCCUGGAUGCCCAUCCUGGUGCUGGCGGCGCGCAUGUGCCCCGCAGGCGUGGAGGCCACGCUGUUCGCCACGCUGAUGAGUGUGCUCAACUGCGGCUCCAUCACCGGCUCGGCGCUGGGGGCGGGCCUCACCAAUCUGUACGGCGUCACCUCGGACAAGUACGACAACCUGUUUGCGCUGGUGUCCACCUGCAUCGUGCUCAACCUGGUGCCGGCGCUGUUCCUGGGGCUGCUGCCGCGCGAGCUAGACAGCGAGAAGAAGGAGGAGGGGGAGGGGGCGGGCGGGGGAGCGGGGGCUGGGAGUGGGAGGCAGGCGGCGGCGGGGGCGGAGGUGGAUGUGGAGAUGGUGGUGGGGCCGGACGGCGUGGCGGCGGAGGUGGAGAAGGUGCUGGCGGCGGGCGGCAAGGAGGAGAAGGGGCGGCUAUAGGCGGCAGGGCUGGCGGCUGUAGGCGGCGGCUGGCGGCUGGCGGCGGCAGGGCUGGUGGCGGCGACAAGGCAGACGGUGGCGGCGGCUGACUGCUUGGUGGGUGCCGGCUGCGUUUGAUGGACGCGGCCCCCGCGGCAGCUCUGCGGUAGCUGCAGCGGGGGCAAUUGGCCGACACUUGCGCACGCCGCGUGCGGCUGUUACUCCGUUGAUUUGGCCUGGACUUGCGUGGACCCGUGGUGGUGGUGGUGAUGGUGGUGACGCGUUGCGGGCCCGAGGGUGAGGGGUGUUGUGGCGGCCUGGUGAGGGCGCCAAGCGGCGCACAGCACCGGCGAGAGUGUGCCAGAGUGUGUGUGUGAGCCCUUCAGCGAAGACUGCCAGCUGCGCUGCGCGCAUGAUCUAAUUGAGAGAGGCCCAUGCAGCAUCCCUGUGCGCGUGCGCGGCGUCCUGCUAGCUUAUUGCGUUGUGCGAACUGCUUCCAGACUGACUGAAGGAGUGGUUUGUGUGUGGCGGCCGCGCCUGGCCAACCUUGGGGCGCAUGCGGCGUUGCGGUUGUACAUUAUUUCUUCGUCUACAGGUGGUGUGUGGUACGGUAUUUCUGCGCUGCAUGAUUGUGUAUGUGGUGUAUGUGCUGCUGGCGUGCUGUUUCAAUUGUUUCGUUACUGAUGCGAACCCUAUGCUCUUCUAUGUGCGUGUUGUGCUGGUGUGUUUUGCUGUCCCGUUUGUCCUGUACAAGUAUGGUAUGUGUGUUCCAGUCUGCAGCUCUUGUUGCUAAUGCGAGGAUGCAUUGUCAUUUAGGCUUGGGACCUUUAGUGCCAAAACACAUGCUUUGCCGCUUUAGCCAACAUGCGUUGCAGGUUGCAGGGGCAUGUUGGCUACCGGACCCUGGGGUAGGGCUGGCUGAAGUAUUGUGCCGUACGUCGUACUUGCAGGCUGGUUGUUCCAGUGCGGCGCGGCGGGACGGGCAAAGACACGACAUGCGGGGUGCAUUCCUUGCCGGGAUUCGCAUAGAGAGGCAGUGGAAAAUGGAGACACAGGAGAGAGGCAAUGGAAAAUGGAGAUUCGGAGAGUGAAGCGAGCGAGGGUAGGCAGGCAGGCAAGCCGGUGGGAUGGCGGUGUGUGGCUGCGGGGCCCGGGCACAUUCGCUCGGGCUGACAGCCACACUCACCGCUCGCGCACUGGCGUGGAGGCGCCGCCUCGCCGCGCUGGCUGCGAUUCGAGUGGCUGACAUCUCAAGAUUGGUUUGUUUCUUGGCGGCGGCGGUGGUGUGCGGGUUUUGGGGAGCACGUGAGCAACGUGCCACUGUGGACGGGGUAGCUGGGUAGUUGUGGUGCUGGCAAGGGUGCUGAUGCUGCUGGUGAGCGCUCUGACGGCGUGGAGGGACGAGGCGGCGGCGGCCGCAGCCGUCCCUUGUGAGUGGACAAUGUUUGGCGCAAUGGCGCUUUGUAUGUACAUUGCAAGGCAUCAGGAGAGCCGUACCAGCCUACCAGGGUACCGGUUUACGGUAGUCACCUGCGUGCAUCAAGAGCUUUCAGGGGUCCAACCUACACGUCUACAGCAGCACAAGUCGUCCGACCCACGCCGAUAAUCCCGUAGGCUUCGCGCGUAGGCUCCCAAUUUCUGUAAACCAUAUUGUUUGCAUAGACAGUAGCGUUCCGUGUGCGAUGCGACAGUGUUAAGGCAGGUUGGUGAAGUGUGUAGGUGUGGGGGACCACCGCAUCGUGUAGACAGUAGCGUCCUGUGUGUCUGUGCGGGGGGACACCGCUGUUAUUGUGUGCUUGAAGCUUCAAAUGCAUCAUUAAUGGACUGCGCCAGGAGAUUGAGCCGCCGCAAUGCCAGUGUGUCCAAGUAUUGGGCCCUGAAG